ACCCGGGGGCCAUGCUCAAAAUCAACGGCAAGCACCAGAUGUCACACAUCUCAAUCUCCCAAUUCUCUAUCCCUUCCCUCUACUCUAUAUAUAACCUCCCUUCCCCUCACGUCCCACUUCAUCACAGUCCUUCACAUAGCCUCUCUUUGACAAUUCCUCAAACACCUUUCGGACGUUAACACAUAACCCAAAAUGUCACUUCAUUCGUGGGUUUCAGAACACAAGCUCGCUUCCAUUGGGGCAGUAUGGGCCACAGGAAUAGGUGCAUCCUUCCUCGCUAAUUCGCGAAAAACCUCUGCCAUGAAACCCAGUCUGAGACUUAUUCAUGCCAGGAUGCAUGCUCAGGCCUUAACACUGGCGGUGCUGUCUGGUGCUGCAGCUUAUCACUAUUAUGAGAAACGUCGUCUUUCUGAUUCGGAAGCCACCAAACCACAGGUGGAAACUGCUCGUGCUGAUACCAGAAGCCUGGUUGAAUGGGAUGUCCUAUCUCCUUUCUAAUUCAAGGGUCUAUCUCAUAUCAUUGCAGUGAAUAAUUUCACGUUUGAUUUAUGCAUCGUUCUGUCUGGCUUUUGUUAUCUUAUUUCUGAAAGCCAUCAUUCUCCUUCGACUAUAAUGAGAACCCGUUUUCCAAUGUA